AUGAGCACCAGGGGGGCUUCACUGAAAGGUUUGUUGCUGGCAGCCCUUCUGGUGUCCCACAUGCUUCUGACAAAGGAAGGAGUGACCUCUAUGCCAAUCUGCCCCAAUGGAUCUGUCAAUUGCCAGCUUUCCCUUGAGGAGCUUUUUGACCGAGCAGUUAAACUUUCACACUACAUUCACUAUCUCUCUUCGGAAAUGUUCAAUGAAUUUGAUGAACGCUACGCCCAGGGCCGGGGUUUCAUUGCAAAAGCUGUCAACAGCUGCCACACUGCGUCCUUAACCACUCCUGAAGAUAAGGAGCAGGCUCAGCAGAUUCAUCAUGAAGACCUACUGAAUUUAAUUCUGGGAGUUCUGCGUUCCUGGAAUGAUCCCCUGAUCCAUCUGGCCUCUGAAGUACAAAGAAUCAAAGAAGCUCCAGAAACCAUUCUUUGGAAGGCUGUGGAGAUUGAAGAACAAAACAAGCGACUUCUAGAAGGAAUGGAGAAAAUAGUUGGGCGGGUUCACUCUGGGGAGGUCGAAAAUGAGAUUUACACUCCAUGGGAUGGACUUCCAUCCCUGCAGCUUGCUGAUGAAGACUCCAGACUCUUUGCCUUUUACAACCUGCUGCACUGCCUCCGCCGAGAUUCCCACAAAAUUGACAACUAUCUCAAGGUUUUGAAGUGCCGCCUAAUCCACGACAACAAUUGCUGA